AUGAGUAAUUCUGAAUUUCAGCAAGUGACUGACAGUGCUGUACAGCCAUCCUCUGGCCCCAAUCCGUAUGGACCAAACCCUGCUGAUUAUUUGUCAAAUGUCAACAGUUUUCAGCUGAUAGACUCUACUCUGAGAGAAGGUGAGCAAUUCGCCAAUGCGUUUUUUGACACCGAGAAGAAAAUCGAGAUCGCGAAGGCUUUGGACGACUUCGGUGUGGAUUACAUCGAACUCACCUCUCCUGUGGCCUCAGAACAGAGUCUCAAAGACUGCCAAGCUAUCUGCAAACUUGGGUUGAAAGCGAAGAUUUUGACCCACAUCCGUUGUCAUAUGGACGACGCCAAGGUCGCUGUUGAGACUGGUGUCGACGGUGUUGACGUGGUCAUCGGUACCUCGAAGUUUCUAAGGCAAUACUCGCACGGCAAAGACAUGAACUACAUCGCCAAGAGUGCAAUCGAAGUUAUCGAAUUCGUCAAGUCUAAGGGUAUUGAAAUCAGAUUCUCAUCCGAAGAUUCUUUCAGAUCAGACCUUGUUGACCUGCUGAAUAUCUACAAGACUGUCAGCGCUAUUGGUGUUAACAGAGUAGGUAUUGCCGAUACCGUUGGGUGCGCCAACCCCAGACAGGUUUACGACCUUGUACGCACUUUGAAAACCGUAGUGUCGUGUGAUAUUGAGUGUCAUUUCCACAACGAUACCGGUUGUGCGAUUGCCAAUGCUUACACUGCUUUGGAAGGUGGUGCUAAGCUGAUCGAUGUUGCCGUGUUGGGUAUUGGUGAAAGAAAUGGUAUCACCCCACUUGGCGGUUUGAUGGCGAGAAUGAUUGUGGCCGCUCCAGAAUACGUCAAAUCCAAAUACAAGCUGCAUAAGAUCAGAGACAUCGAGAACCUGGUCGCUGAGGCCGUCGAAGUCAACAUUCCUUUCAACAACCCAAUUACUGGGUUCUGUGCAUUCACUCACAAGGCUGGUAUCCAUGCCAAAGCUAUCUUGGCUAACCCAUCAACUUACGAAAUUUUGAACCCUCACGAUUUCGGUUUGACGAGAUACAUUCAUUUCGCAAACAGAUUGACGGGUUGGAACGCAAUCAAGUCAAGAGUUGAUCAAUUAAAUUUGAAAAUGACCGAUGAUCAGGUCAAGGAAGUCACCAACAAGAUCAAACAACUAGGUGACAUUAGACCACUAAAUAUCGAUGACGUUGAUUCGAUCAUCAAGGAUUAUCAUGCCGAGUUCACCACUCCUCUGCUCAGAAGCUUGAGAGGCGAACAAAUGGAGGAUGUCAACACAAUUGACAUAGAGGAACCUGCUUCUAAGAAGACCAAGACCACCCAAUAA